AUGACCCGACACCGUAGCGCGUCUAACAAGUUGAUAGCAGAUUCGCCAGAACCUUCGCGCGACUCCUUGUCGUCCGUAUCGACGACGAGCCUGGUAUUCGAACGAAUCAGUGAAAGAGAGAAGCUCAACCCGCGAGAUGAUCUAUCCGACUUUGACGAUGAGGACCCGCUCAGCCGGACAGAGGAUGACGAACACGGCGCAUUCCUGGGAUCUGCCGCUGCCCAUGGCAAGGGCCAGGCUAUGGACCGCAAGCUGAAACGGAUCCUCAUAGUUUUGGCUGGAGUGUUCGUUGCAGCUUGGGGUAUAGGGCUGUUCACAUUCAUAUCGUCCAAAUCGUACCAGCACUCGUCGCAGAAGGAACACGACCCGACUGCUACCAGCUCGAGAGGCUCGGGAAAGAAGAUCACAAGAGAACAACUGCAAGCUGGGUUUUGGGCGCCGCGAAGCCAUGCCAUUAGUUGGAUUGAAGGCGCUGGUGGGGAAGAUGGACUGCUGCUAGAAGUCGGCGCCUCUGGAAAAGACUACGUAGUGGUCGAGGAUGUGCGCAGUCUCAAUGCUGAGCAUGCUGCGUCAGGCGGACAAACCCUCUCGAAGCAGACACUGAUGCGCAACAGUUGGUUUAAUUUCGGUGGGCGGCAGCUUACGCCGUCGAAAAUCUGGCCUAGUCCUGACCUCAAGAAGGUCUUGAUUGCCACCGAUGCAAAGAAGAAUUGGAGACACUCGAUGACAGGUAUCUACUGGGUGUUGGAUGUAGCCACGCAGCAGGCUGAGCCGCUGGACCCAAGCAACCCGGAACUGAGAGUGCAGCUAGCGCAAUGGAGCCCGCAGAGCAAUGCGAUUGCCUACACCAGCAACAACAACCUAUUCAUUCGCCGGAUCGAGGGAAGCAAUGUGGUACAGGUCACCAAGGAUGGCGGACCGGAGUAUUUCUACGGAAUUCCCGAUUGGGUGUACGAGGAGGAAGUUUUCGGUGGCAACAGCGCAACCUGGUGGUCGGAGAACGGCGACUAUCUAACCUUCUUGCGUACCAACGAGACGUCAGUCCCGGAAUAUCCUGUCCAGUAUUUCAUCGAACGGCCCAGUGGGGCAAAGCCUGAUCCAGGCGAGGAGAAUUAUCCAGAAGUACGGCAGAUCAAGUACCCAAAGGCUGGCUCACCCAAUCCCUUCGUGGACCUGCUCUUCUACGACAUGGCGCGGGGUGAUAUAUUCGAGGUUGAGGUUGCAGACGGCUUUGCCCCUGAAAACCUGCUCAUCACCGAGGUCAUCUGGGCUGGGACCAAGGUCAUUGUGAAGGAAACCAACCGCGUAAGCGACAUCAUGCGCGUUGUACUUGUGGAUGUCGUAGCCCGAACUGGAAAGACGGUGCGAACUUCCGAUGUUGGGAAGAUUGACGGUGGCUGGUUCGAAAUAUCGCAAGAUACCCGUUAUAUACCCGCAGAUCCAGGCAAUGGUCGACCAGAAGACGGCUACAUUGAUUCGGUCAUACAUGAAAAUGGCGACCACUUGGCUUAUUUUAGCCCGCUUGACAACCCGAACCCGGUCAUGCUAACCUCUGGCAAGUGGGAAGUUGAUGGCGGCGUAUCCGCGGUUGAUCUUAAGGGUAACUUGGUAUAUUUCCGUGCUACCAAAGAGUCCUCCAUUCAGCGCCACGUCUACAGUGUGCAUCUUGAUGGAACCGACGUAAAGCCUGUCACAGAUGUGUCCAAAGAAGGAUUUUACGACGCCUCAUUCUCGAGCAACGCCGGUUACGCCUUGGUUUCAUACAAGGGUCCAGGUAUUCCCUGGCAACGAGUUGUCAGCACACCGAGCAAUUCUGAAAAAUACGACCACCUUAUUGAGGAGAACAAGGAACUGGCUUCGAAGGCUCAGAGGUACGAAUUGCCGUUGCUCAACUAUGGCACGAUCAAGUUGGAUGACUUUGAGUUCAACUACAUCGAGCGCCGGCCUCCUCAUUUCAACCCAAAUAAGAAAUAUCCUGUUCUUUUCCAGCAGUACCAAGGGCCAGGCUCGCAGUCCGUAUCGAAGAAGUUCUCUGUUGAUUUCCAAUCCUACGUCGCAGCUGCCCUUGGUUACCUCGUGGUUACAGUCGAUGGGCGCGGUACAGGGUUCAUUGGCCGCAACGCUCGUGUGGUCGUACGCAAGAACCUCGGUCGUUGGGAGUCUCACGAUCAGAUCGCUGCUGCAAAGAUAUGGGCUGCAAAGUCGUACGUUGACGCCGAACGCCUAGCGAUCUGGGGUUGGUCGUACGGAGGCUUCAGUACCUUGAAGACCCUUGAGCAGGAUGCCGGUCAGACAUUCAAGUACGGCAUGGCCGUCGCACCAGUGACCGAUUGGCGUUUCUACGACAGUAUCUACACAGAACGUUACAUGUUGACGCCGCAGGAGAACGCCGGUGGCUAUGACGAUACAGCCAUCAGCAAUGUCACAGCAUUAUCAAACAACGUCCGAUUCUUGAUCAUGCACGGUAUAGCGGACGACAAUGUGCAUAUGCAAAACACCUUGACCUUGCUGGACAAGCUCGACCUGUAUGGGAUCGAGAACUACGACCUGCACAUGUUCCCUGAUAGUGACCAUGGUAUUUAUUUUCACAACGCAAACCAGAUUGUCUAUGACAAGCUGGCAAACUGGCUCAUCAACGCUUUCAACGGCGAGUGGCUGAAGAUUGCCGACGCGAAACCCAACGACAUGCGCAAAAGAACUUUGGAAGAAGUAAGGAAGAGAUCAAGGGUAUUCGCCACCGGAGGCUAG